UAAUAAAUAAAUGUAUAAUGUAGAGAGGCAUGUCCUUGGGCUAGGACCCUCACCUUGACUUGUUCACUGAUAUAUUAUUCUGCUUCUCGCAACGAAUUAGAGCAAGGGAUGUGGGGUUACUCCUCCUCUUGGAAUGUCAAACAGGUUCAUCUUUGAAGUAAACCAGUGUCAUCUUAAUACUUGGUGGGAGAAAUAUAAAUAGUGGUUGAAGGACAACUGGCUUUGAUGAAUAUCCAGUAACUCUUGAGUACAGGCGAAUGGAAUUGCAAUUGAUCUUGCUUCUAGCAGUUACCUGCUAUGCGAUUCCUCACGCUGAAUAUAAAGCAUCGAGUAGCGAUGGUUCCUACAGUUUUAAUUUCGAAACAGGAGAAGAGGGAGGUAAGCACAGCAGAAAAGAAACUCGGAGUGCUGAAGGUGUAGUUGUUGGAGAGUUUUCUUACGAAGAUCCAAAUGGUAAUUUGAGGAUGAUUGAAUAUCGCGCCGAUGGAAACGGAUAUGUGGCGAGAGGACACGUGGGACCAGAGGGAGCACCUAGAGCAGAACUACCUCUUUACGCUUUACCUGAAUAUAAAGCCGAUCCUGCAACCGAAACAACAACAAAAAGCUCCGAAGAACAAAAACCAUCAACCGAAGAACCUGUCACUGACAAACCCAAUCCCGAAGAAGAUAGUAAAGAUAAACAGGCUGAAAAUCCAGGUUUCUUUGUUCUCGGUUUGGGUGGAAAAAGGAGAUUAGAAAAACCAUCAGACACCGGAAAAUUAGAUAUUCCAGCAGAAGAGAAAUCAAGCUUUUCUUAUUAUAAUCCUUAUCUCCAUUAUUAUCCAUUAUCUCAAGUACCUUAUGUCACUGAUGUCAAGGAAUUAAGCAGACCGUUUUAUCUGGCACCCGUUCAUCAUCACGUUCCCUAUGUACCUUAUAUUCCCAAUGUUCGUAAUCCUAUAAUUCCUGCAAAAUCUUACUUUCAUUCUUACCAAAUUCAACACUAAUUAUGACAAAAUCGAUCCACUGGACAGUUUUUUUUUUGCAAAAGGGACUUACAGGUCAGAUUGCAAAAUGAAGUUGUUUUUUUUUAAAAAAAAGAAAAAUAAAUAUGGGAAUAGUGGCAUCAAAAUAGAGGCAAGGACUCUUUGUAUAUUUUAUUUUAAUUAAUAUUAUGUUUUAUGUCCUUAAAAACAUAUGUAAAUUUAUAAAAGAAAAAAAAAACAAAAAAAUAUAUUGCUUUUUAUUUUUGUGUAAAUUUUCUAUGGGAUGGAUU